GGGACACGGAAGGAGAGGGAAAAGCACCGACACGCAGCGCUGCGAGCGGACACUGCCAGAGCUCGGUAGCACCCAACAGAGAGGAAAAUGGCCCAAAAUCAGAGAGUCGGAGAGUCAUUACGGUUGGGAAGGACCUCGAAGAUCGCCGAGGCCGACCACAACCCGUCCCCACCGGACCGCGUCCCUCAGUGCCACACUGCAACGCCUCCGGGACCGUCGGCCCCACCGCCCCCUGUGCCGCAGUGCUAUUGCAUCACCGCCCCUUCUGGGAAGAAACUUCUCCUAUCAUCCAACCUGACCCUCCCUGUUGCAAUGUAAAGGUCAACACAGGUGGCUGAGCAAACCCAGCAGCCUCCAUCGAAACUGGCCUCCCAUUGCGUUUCUGUGUGGGGCUAUUUACGGCUGCAUUGCGAAGCUGGCGCUGGCCCUUUGCAGUUCGUGCUUUCCAGCCUCGGGGCCAAACCUCCUCAAAUAGCCACGGCUGAGGGCUGCAGUCAGACUUUGCGUAAGGUUUCACCUUUCACCGCUCCCUUUGCACGACGCCUGCGAGACGUGGGGAGCCCCACGUACGGCACACCCGUGUCCCGUGGAGUCCCGUGGCCACCCGCAUCCCCACUGCGCUGCCCACCCUGCUGUGCUCUGCGGGUGGUGGUACGGCCACAGAGGUCCCGGCUGCAUCCAGGGCUUCUCCCCAGGUGGUGGCUGUGCCUUACGUGUGGUCCGACCCUCUGCAGUGACCCAAAGUGGGACAUUCUCCCCUGGCUUUGGAAGGAUGGGGUCGAACAUACUGUGUAUGGCUCGGGAGGGAGGUUGUUGGAAUUCAGCUUCUGGGUGAAUUGGCCAUUCACAGCAGGUCUGGAUCUUUGUUUUCAUUCCCGGAGAAAGCAGCUCUGCUCCAAAGGUCUGUUGUCCUUUGCUGCUGACCUUUAGACUGCAGCAGCCUUCAACGGCAAACAACGAGCGGCUCUGAUCCCCUGAGAGUGCAAACCUGGCCGGGAGUGUGCGCACACACACACACACACACACACACACACACACAGUCCUUAACAGGAGAGUGUGAGCACAUGGCAGAAAGUGCUCUUGGUGAAAAAUAAGGGGACAAAGGGGGCCUCGCUUUGGGGAUGUGUGGAGCUGUGAUCAGCCGUCCUGCUGUGUGCUCAGGUCAGGCACCGCGGAGUGCUCAGCACAGACAUCUCUUCCACAGUCUGCUUGGGCUGAAGGGCUCUGAUCCUGAAAAGGGGAGGGUGGAAAUGUGACCGUGCAGGUUCUUCAGACCCAAAGUAUACAUAGGAAAAUUGAAAAAAAAAAUCGUUCAUCUCCCAUAUUCCCCACCACGGGGCUUCGGAACAGCACGGAGCGUGGAUCUAUCUAUAUAUACAGACGCAUUAAAAACGCACAGCAAAGCAAAACAGACGAGAGAGCAGCUGAGAAGUCAGCUGAGAGGCGCGUUAUGCGGCGCUGCUAUUAGAGAGGAGCGGUAGGGGUUGGGCGAUUGCUCGGAGCGUUACGGCGGAGCAGACAGAGCUGCGGCGCUGCCAGCCCUGCGCCUGUGCUGCCCGCACUGCCGCCCGCCCGCAGCCGCAGUAUCGAGAGGAGACACGUGUAUGACAAUGAGGUCGUACCAGAAGCUGAGGACGGCGGUGCCGCAGCUGGUGUUGAGCCAGGAGGAGGAGGAGGAGAGUGCGGCCACCCCAACACCUGCUGGCCGCAGCAAGCUGGCCCCGUGGUGGGUGGGCAGCGGGCUGCUGAUCACCGCCGUGCUGCUGAGCACCAUCACUGUCUGGGUGCUGCGACAAGUGUCCAGGGGCUGGCACGGCCCCGCACCACCUUCCCAAUGUCACCUGGUCCCUGAGAGCCACCGCUAUGACUGCUACCCCGAAAGGAGCGUGGUGGUGACCCAGGAGCUGUGCGAGAGCCGGGGGUGCUGCUUCAUCGAGACCCCCCCUGCAGUGGGGGGCAAGAGGGGGGUGCCCUGGUGCUUCUACCCACCCAGCUUCCCCAGCUACGUGGUGCAGAGCCUCAACCAGACGGCGCUGGGCAUGACGGGGCUGCUGGUGCGCAGGGAGAAGGCCUAUUACCCCAAGGACAUCCAGGUGCUGAGGAUGGAUGUGGAGUUCCAGACGAACACACGGCUGCGCAUCAAGAUAACCGAUGCAGCCAAGCCCCGGUAUGAGGUGCCCCUGGAAGUUCCCCGAGUGAUGAAGAGAGCAGAAAACCCCAUCUACAGCCUGGAGUUCUCCCAGGACCCCUUUGGGGUGCUGCUGAGGCGCCAAGGGACAGGGACAGUGCUGCUCAACACCACCGUGGCUCCCCUGAUCUUCGCCGAUCAGUUCCUGCAGAUCUCCACCACGCUGCCCUCCAGGUUCCUGUAUGGGCUGGGGGAGCACCGCAGCACUCUGCUGCACAGCCUCGACUGGAACACCCUCACCCUCUGGGCCCGUGAUGUGGCCCCCACGGAAUCCUUCAACCUGUACGGCGCUCACCCCUUCUACCUGCUGAUGGAGGAGGGCGGCGAUGCCCACGGGGUUUUCCUCCUCAACAGCAACGCCAUGGAGGUGGCCCUGCAGCCUGCCCCGGGCCUGACUUGGAGGACCAUUGGAGGUGUGCUGGACUUCUACAUCUUCCUGGGGCCUGACCCCAACAUGGUCAUCCAGCAGUACCAGGAGGUGAUAGGUUUCCCAGCCAUGCCUCCACUCUGGGCGCUCGGCUUCCACCUCUGCCGCUGGGGCUACGGCUCCAGCAACGAGACCUGGCAGACUGCAAGGGCCAUGAGGAACUUCCAGAUCCCACAGGAUGCGCAAUGGAACGACAUUGAUUACAUGGACGGGUACCGGGACUUCACCUUCGAUCCCCAGAAAUUCGCCUCCCUCCCCUCACUGGUGGAAGAUCUCCACAAGCACGGGCAGCACUACGUGAUGAUCUUGGACCCCGGCAUCAGCAGCACCAGCCCCCACGGCUCCUACUGGCCUUUCGAUGAAGGCUUGAGACGUGCUUUGUUCCUGAACACCACCCAGGGGCAGCCACUGAUCGGGCAGGUCUGGCCUGGUUAUACUGCCUUCCCCGACUUCUCCAACAGAGACACACAUCAGUGGUGGCUGGAGAACCUGCAGCGCUUCCACACCCGUGUGCCCUUCGAUGGCCUCUGGAUCGACAUGAACGAGCCAUCCAACUUCAUGGAUGGGUCUGAAGAGGGCUGCCCACCCGGAGAGCUCGACAGCCCCCCGUACACGCCGGCUGUGCUGGGCAAUUCCCUGUCCGCCAAGACGGUGUGUGCCUCAGCGAAGCAGAACGCCUCGGUGCACUACAACCUGCACAACCUCUACGGGCUGAAGGAAGCCGAAGCGACGGCGAGCGCCUUGAUCCACAUCCGAGGAAAGCGUCCCUUUGUCAUCUCCCGCUCUACCUUCCCCAGCCAGGGCCGGUACUCGGGUCACUGGCUGGGUGACAACCGGAGCCAAUGGAAGGACAUGUAUUACUCCAUCCCAGGGAUGCUGAGCUUCAGCCUGUUUGGGAUCCCACUGGUGGGGGCCGACAUCUGCGGCUUCUCCGGCAGCACCUCGGAGGAGCUGUGCACCCGCUGGAUGCAGCUCGGGGCCUUCUACCCCUUCUCCCGCAACCACAACACCCAGAACGAGAAGGCCCAGGACCCCACAGCUUUCAGCCCCUCGGCGAGGACAGCCAUGAAGGACGUACUGCUCACCCGCUACUCCCUCCUGCCUUUCCUCUACACACUUUUCCACCGUGCCCACCUGCAAGGGGAAACCGUUGCCCGACCUUUGUUCUUUGAGUUCCCCUGGGAUGUGGCCACGUAUGGGCUGGACAGGCAGUUCCUGUGGGGCCAGAGCCUGCUGGUGACACCGGUGCUGGAGCCCGGAGCAGACUCGGUGUUGGGCUAUUUCCCCCGAGGCGUGUGGUACGACUUCUACACGGGCUCCUCUGUGAACAGCAGUGGGGAGAUGUUGAAGCUGUCAGCCCCCCUGGACCACCUCAACCUGCAUCUCCGGGAGGGUUCUAUCCUGCCCACACAGAAACCCGGGACCACCAGCAAGGCCACCCGAGGGAACCCGCUGCGCCUCAUUGUGGCCCUGUCCCCACGUGCCACUGCCUGGGGGGACCUCUUCUGGGAUGACGGCGAGAGCCUGGACACCUUCGAGCGGGGCAACUACUCCUACCUGGUGUUCAAUGCCACAGAGAACAUCUUCACCUCCAACGUCCUCCAUGCCAGCACCGAGGCCACCUAUGUCACCAUCGACACGGUGAGCUUCUACGGAAUGCAGGAGCCGCCCAGCAAGGUCCUCCUGGAUGGGCAGGAGAAGCCCUUCUCCUACCUGGACAACCAGGUCCUCACGGUCAGCGGCCUCGGCCUCAGGCUCAGCCAGGGCUUCUCCCUGCAGUGGCUGUGAGCUGGGGGGGGGGCUGCCCUGCCUUGCCAUGACCUGCUGUGCACGUUCCUGCUCCAGCCCUCAAGGCCACGAUGGUAACACAGCGCCAGGGACUGUCACCUGCUGUCACCCGCUGCUGCAGAUGGGGGCAGGGGAUGUGGGGGGGGGGGGGGGGGGGCUCCAUGCUACGUCAUCACUGUGGGGCGAGGGGUGUGCGCCUGCGGCCCCGUCUGCAAUAAAGGCACGCGGAGAG